AUGAAUAUUAAGAGUAAGAUUCAAAAGUUAAAAUUAGAAAAUGACGUUAUAUAUUCCUCAAAUUUAAUAAUAAAUGAAGAUGACAUUGCAGAUUUUGUUUCAACUUUAAACAUUCAAAAAAAAAAUAUAAAUGAUAAAAAUUGUUCAACACAUAAUUUAAGUACAGUCAAAGAAAUACAAUUAAGUAGUCUCAAAAUUAAUGACUGGGGCUUAUCUAUUCUUAUACCGUGUAUAUUAAGAAGCAGAAGACUUACAACAUUAAAUCUUUCAAAUAAUUGUUUAACAAAUGAUAGCGCCAACAUCUUGUCGAAGUGCCUAAAGUAUCUACCACAUCUAAGGUGUCUCAAUUUAUCUAAUAAUUUAAUAAAAUGCCAAGGUGCAAUUGACAUUAUUGAAGAAUUUUUUGAAGACAACAUAAAAGAAAAUUCAACCUGUUUUAAUAUUUAUCAUGUUGAUAAUGUAGAAGAAAAUAUGUUAACAAACAAUAAUAAAAUAAAUCAAAACAAGUGUCAUGAUAUAAUACAAGCAAAUGAGAAGGAGGAUUUUAUAUUUGAAUAUAAAAAUUGUAAUAAUAUUCUAAAUUACAAAGAAGAUAACUAUAUAAUUCCCAAACAAUUUAAUGAUUAUCAUCAUAUAUGUAAUGAUGAUAAAUAUUUUUCGAUCAUUAAAAAUAAAGAAGAAAAUGAAGAUCUACAAGAAAUUGAUAUAUCAGAUAAUUUCUUAGGUACCAAUUUUAUAAUCAAAUUAAGUGACAUACUACAUAAAAAAAAAGACAAAAAGAAAUAUAAAAUUGUUCUAAAAAAUGUUGGAAUUAAUAAUACAGCUAUUUCUUAUUUUCUACCUAAAUGUAAAGAUGUAGAAAUAUUAAACAUAUCGGAGAAUAAUAUUAUGUUUGAAAACUUUCCAAAGUAUAUUGAGAUAUUGUUUGAUGUACAUCCAGAAUUAAAACAAUUAUAUUUAGCAAGCAUAUGUGGAGAUCAUCCAGAUGGUGAUAACAAUAAUAUUGAUAAGAAUAAUAUGGAUAAGAAUAAUAUUAAGAAUGACAAUACCAAUGAUUGUUAUAAUAAUUUUAAUAACGUAUAUAACAUUAUAACUAGCCAAAAUAGAAUAUUCACACAAUUAAUAAAAAAUUUAUAUAAGGCAAAAAAUUUACGCAUACUUUGCCUUUCAAAUAAUAAUAUAAAUGAUGAUAACUUCAAAACAUUUUGUUUACAUAUCCAACAUAAUAAAGACAAUAAAAUUGAAGAGAUCGAUUUUUCAUAUAAUCGUAUCACAGAUCUUACCCCUUUAAAUGAAUGUUUAAAAAAGAACCACACAUUAAAAAUUAUCAAUUUAUCUAAUAAUCAUAUAACAGAUGAAAAAAUAAAAAGAUUUUGUUAUGAAAAUCUGUCAGAAAAUUUAAAUAUUUCUGAGCUCUCCUUAGCCUAUAAUAAGUUAUCUAAUAAUUCUUGCAUUUAUAUAUCGGAUGCCUUGAUCAAUCAAGCCAAUCUUAUUAAGACUACCCUUAAGGAAACGUAUGAAUUUAUAAAACAAAAUUCGUCCUCAACGCACGAAGAUUUUCAUAUGUACAUAAAUAAAAUGAGUGAUAAAAAAGAAGAUGUUGAUAAGGAAAAAUAUGGUGAUAAAAAAGGAGAUGUUGAUAAAAAAGAUGUUUAUAAUGAAAAGUAUGGUGAUAAAAAAGAAGAUGUUGAUAAUGAACAAUAUGGUGAUAAAAAAGAUGUUGAUAAUGAAAAAUAUGGUGAUAAAAAAGAUGUUGAUAAUGAAAAAUAUGGUGAUAAUAAUAAUAUGAAUGCUAAUCCAUAUAAAAAUACAAACAGUAUAUAUAAUAAUAAUAAUAAAGAAGAUAUUACUAAUAUAAAUAUAUUUAAAGAUAUAAUAAUUAAUAGACAUAAUGAACAAAAUAAUUUUUUUUCAUGCAUUGGGAUAUCGAAUUUUUAUAGAGCAACAGAUUUAUCCAAAAAUUUAUAUCUUCAAGAAAAGCGUAGAAAUUGUAUAUAUAAAAAAAAUGAACAAUUUAAUAAAUUAUAUAAUAGUAAUAAUAUAUUUUCAGCUAAUUGCUUAAAAGGAUUAAAAUUUCUUAAUCUUUCAGGUUGUAAUAUAAAUAAUGAUGGUAUUUCUUAUCUUUUAAAAUCAUUAAAAACAUCUUUAUGUACCUUAGAAUAUUUAGAUAUAUCAUGUUGUCAAGAUUUAAGUGAUAAUACAUAUCAAGCAUUUACUAACUUAAUAUCUUAUAAAAAAUAUAAAUUUCUAAAAACUAAUCAUUUCGUAUUUAAAAAUUUACCGCUCACUAUAAGGGGAAUCCCACCCAUGUUGAUCCCUCUGUAUGAUUCGGAAGAUAACACAGACAAAAACAGUACAGAAUCGGAUUGGUGGAAUUAUAAAAAGGAAGAUUAA